ACAACCACGUCCUCCAUCGACUUCCCAUCCAUCCACCACUUCUUCUAGACUUCUUAUCUUUCUACAGCUGUUUUUUUUUCCCAGCCUUCACCUUAUUUUUCGAUUCCCAUCGCUUUUGAUACUUGAGUCCCAGUCGCGGUUUCAGUUCUUUUCCUUACAAAAGCUUCUUUGACCUCAGCCUUUUUUCUUCUCUCCUAACGCGACCCUGAAAAAGUUCUUUACCGCAGUGCAACGCGCUACGACCCUGUUCUCUUCCCAGCACGCCGUGCUCUGCAGCUCUUCUACACCUCUCUAUUCAGAUUAGAAAAAGCUUCUAGACCUCGAUCAGCCUUAGCUAUCGCUAAGAUUCCCAGUCUUAUUCCACGGGACAACCUCAUAUAAUUUAAAUUUUCGUUUAUCCUCCAUACUCGACAAAGUUUUCGAAAUGGCAACCGAAGCUCCAUCUCACGUCAACGGAGCUUAUACCCACCACCAGCCCGCUCCGUACCACGCUGAUCGCUACCCUGCCGCUAAUGCACCGCAUACUCACCAGCCGAGCAACGCUUCGACUCCGGCUCCUCCACCGCAGGAAGCCAAGAAUGACAUCCCCAAGGAAGAAGUUGCGUGGUUCUUCGUCGAACAGUACUACACUACCCUCAGCCGGACCCCUGAGAAGCUUCACCUCUUCUAUUCGCGCAAGUCUCAGUUUGUCUCUGGAAAUGAGGCGGAGAAAGUUGGCGUUUCUGUUGGCCAAACUGCCAUUCAGGAUCGCAUCAAAUCUCUUGAUUUUCACGAUACCAAAGUCAGGGUUUUGAAUGUCGACUCCCAGGCUUCGUUCGAUAACAUCUUGGUAUCUGUUAUUGGAGAGCUGUCUAACAGGUCUGAGCCUCCACGCAAGUUUGUCCAGACCUUUGUCUUGGCUGAACAGAGAAAUGGAUAUUAUGUUUUGAACGAUAUUAUCCGAUUCUUAGUUGACGACGAUGGAGAGGCUAUUGCCGACGAGCAAGACGCCGUGGAGGCCCCGGCCGCAGAGGCUCCUUCUGAGCCAGCCGAACAACAGGCUGCUCCUCAAUGGCUUGAGACUGAGCGCCAAGCUGAUACCGAAGCUGCGGCACAGGAAGUUGAUGAGAAGCUUCAGGAGUCCGUGAAAGAAGUUGUUGAGACUAAGCCUGAGGAGCCUGAAGCAGUUGUCGAGCCAGCGCAGGCUGCCGAAGUCACUACUGAAGCUUUGCAGCAGGAGAAGCCCAAGGAACCUGAACCAACUCCCAUCGUCUCACCGCCCAAGGCUGCAACCCCUGCUGCUGAAAAGGAGAACAUUCCUCCAGCUAGGCCUGUCUCCAUGACCUGGGCUUCCAUUGCUUCUUCGAACGCCAAUAAAGCUGCCGCUGCCGCGGUCCCCACGCCUGUCGCUGUGCCACAGGCUGCCCCAGCCGCACAGCCCAAGGUCGCAGCUGCUCCUUCCCAGCCAGCUCCUCCCGCUAAUGGUGAGAGCGCUCCAAGCCAAACUUCUUCGACCUCAAGCUCUGAAUGGCAAACUGCCGGCAGAGGUCGCGAUGACAAUGUGCUUGCAUACAUUAAAAACGUUAACGACAAAGUCGAUGCUGCCCUCCUCAAGCAGACUCUUCAGCGCUUUGGUAAGCUCAAGUAUUUUGAUGUCAGUCGCCAACGUAGCUGUGCUUUUGUGGAAUUUGCAGAUGCUGCUGGUUACAAGGCCGCCGUCGCAGCUAAUCCUCAUCAAAUUGGCACUGAACGUAUCACUGUGGAAGAGCGACGUCCACGAGCCACUGCUUACGGAGGCAAUGCUAGUUAUGGCCCUGGUAGGGGUGGUGCUGGCCGUGGACGUGGCGACCGUACCGCUAGUCAAGGUCGUGGUGGAUUUCAGAAAGACUCUGGACGUUUCACUCCUAGAGGCGGCCGCGGCGGCACUAUUACUCCCAAAGGUCGUCCCCAGUCCCAAGCCGUAUGA